AUGACGGGAGCAGCGGUAGGCGGAGCGCUGGGGGCGUCGAUAGGGGCCAUGUACGGCACAUAUGAGGCCUUCAGGUACAAGGUGCCUGGGCUGUACAAAGUGCGGUACAUUGGGCAGACCACCCUCAGCAGCGCGGCGGUGUUUGGGCUCUUCCUGGGGGCGGGGUCGCUGCUGCACUGCGGUCGGUCACAAGGGUACUGA